AAGAUACAGCAGGCGGGAGAGGAGUAAGAGGGAGACAGCAAGUGGGAAAUAGACAGCAAAUAGGAGAGAGUAAAAUAAAAGGCUACAGGAAGAAUAGGGGGGUAGAGGAGAGAGGCAGCAGGCAGGAGAACAACAUUAGGUAAGAGACUACAGGUAAAAGGGGACAGCAGGAAGGAGAGAGAGAGAGAGAGAGAGAGAGUAAAGAAAAAUAUAGGAGACACACAGGUGAGCUGGAAGCAGAAAGUGAAGUGUGCAAGAAAAGGGAGAUUAAAAGACAGAUCAGACUUCAAAGAUAGAGGCAUACCCUUGCGAGACAUCAGACUGUACAGAUCAAGAGAAAGCAGAGAGAGAUUACUCUGCAUAGAGAGCAUUGAACAGAGAGAGACAUCAGACUGCUGUGAGAGAGAGAGAGAGAGAGAGAGAGACAGUGAUACAGAAUAAGAAGGAAGGAAAAGAAAACGGCAGAAAAAGUUGAUAGGAUAGAGAUCUAAGGGAAGGAUUUACAGGAGAGAAGGUGAGAAAAAGAAUCAGAGAGAAACAAGAAAGGGGGGAGCAGGGGGUUUUGAGACUGAAAUUAGGAGCGCACAGACGGUACAAGAUAACAGAAGAAGCAGCACACACAGACGUGUGGCAGCUCAGGGCGAUCAGUGAGAGAGAGGGUCGGACAUUAAGGUGGACCACACUGAAGAAGACCUUAUAAAGUGCUGUGGAUCCAGGGUGAGAGAAUAGAUAUGGUGCCCGACUCAGAACUGCAAUAAUCUGGUGACCCUCUCUCCAAUAUCACAGCUCUCCCUGAACUCAAUAACCCAUUCCACCCCCUAUAUUCAGUGACUUACCUCACUGACCCACUCCGGAGAAACACUGCCACCCAAACGCCGCACCAUGUCCAGGAAGAAGAGUCAGAGGAGUAAAGGCAAUAGCUCCCCUUCUUCCUGCAGUAUCCCACCCCCAAAGGAGAAUGGCAAAGUUGGCAAUGAUUCACACACCAAUGGCAUGGUGAUGGCAGGACGCCCGUCCCUCAGCAACAGUGGAGAGUUCUAUGACAUCUCUUUUAAGGUCAUGCUCGUGGGCGAUUCUGGUGUGGGAAAGACCUGCCUGCUUGUGAGAUUUAAGGACGGCGCGUUUCUCGCCGGCAGCUUUAUUUCGACCGUUGGGAUUGAUUUUCGGAACAAAGUGCUGAAUGUCGAUGGGGUGAAAGUCAAGCUACAGAUAUGGGACACUGCUGGACAGGAAAGAUUCCGCAGUGUUACCCACGCCUACUACAGAGAUGCACAUGCCCUGCUGUUACUUUAUGACGUGACAAACAAGUCUUCAUUUGACAAUAUCCAGGCCUGGCUAACCGAAAUCCAUGAAUAUGCACAGAAAGAUGUAGUCAUCAUGCUCCUGGGAAACAAGGUCGAUUCUGCUCAUGAACGGGUGGUGAAGCUUGAAGAUGGAGAGAGGUUAGCAAAGGAAUAUGGUGUGCCAUUCAUGGAGACGAGUGCCAAAAGUGGGCUGAACGUGGAGCUGGCUUUUACUGCUAUAGCAAAAGAACUGAAACACAGAUCAAUGAAGACCCCCAAUGAGCCUAAAUUCAAACUUCACGACUACGUUAAAAAGGAGGUGAAAGGUUCUGGUUGUUGUAAAUCCUGAUUGGAUGAUCUCCAGGGGAGCCGGAGCACCGAAUUCUGUACAAAGACUGAUUUGAACACGUGGCGUCUCCACCGGAGCCUACAAAAGGCCAUCUUGCACAGCGUCUGUCCGAGUGGGAAGCAUCUCUGUUUAUAUAUCUGUGAGGGUAGCGAUCUGAUGUGUUGCAUAAAAAGACAUCUAAAUCUGUUGUGGGCCUUAGGUCCAAACAUGCACAGCCGACAAAAUAGAUCACGAUGUCUAGAGCGGUGGCUUGUCUGUUGGGUUUAAACUUUCCGAAGAGGAACAUUUUAUCACGCUAACAUUUUGCAUGCAGCGGUAUACUUGUUUAGAUAUGCCACAGGCAUGAACGUGAUGUGUUGCUUGCCUAUCUGGCUCUCUGAAGGGUUUAAAGCAUUUGUAGCUGAUUGAAUUGUAAUCCAGCAACGAAUACUGACCUAAAAUAAUCAUUUUUAAUGUAGGAGCAUGAGAGGCCCAACUCUAGGAGAAAUUUUGGCAAGCCCAGCACUUACUGAACUCAGUUCUGAAUAUGGAGAUUUUUU